UCUUUUGUUAAAGAAACCCUAAAAUAAAAGAAAACAUAUAAGAUGCUGAGGUAUGAUGAUUUGGGUCUAAUCUUCUGUUGGAAGAUGCUGCAGUUAACCGUAGCUAUCAUUUGAAGUUCAUAUUCAUCAUUUCUUUAGUUUUUCUUGCUUAAGUUUGUUUGGUUGAAAAGGGAGAUAUCUUUAUCGGUAGGUAAUUACAGGUAAAUAUUACAUCAUGAAUGUAUUUCAAAGCCUCAUAGAAAGACUAAGGCCUCUUGUGGGUUUGAAAGGCUGGGAUUAUUGUGUUCUUUGGAUAUUUAGUGAUGACCAAAGGUUUCUCGAAUGGAUGGAGUGUUGCUGUGGUGGAACUGAGGACAUACAAAAUGGUGGAGAUGACGUUCAAUUUCCUCUUUCUUCUUCUUGUUGUAGGGAUUUAAUCUUUCAACACCAAAGAACUAAAUCUUGUGAACUUCUUGCACAACUGCCCACUUCAAUCCCAUUAGACUCUGGGAUUCAUGCACAGACCUUGAUAUCAAACCAACCCAGAUGGCUAAAUUUUUCUAGUUGUUCAGAUUCAAGUGUUCUUGAAGGAACAGUUGGAACUAGGGCUUUGAUACCAGUUCCUGGAGGACUAUUAGAGCUGUUUGUUACUAAACAAGUAUCUGAAGAUCAACAAUUAAUAGAUUUUGUAACAUCUCAAUGUAGCAUUAUAAGGGAGCAAGAAGCCAUUAUAAACUCAACCAACAUGGAAGCAAGUUUUGCAAAUAAUAUGAACAUGAACAGUGAACAACAAUCUUCGAAACCAUUUCUAGCUGUUGAUCAAGAUCAUGAUCAUCACCAUCACCCUCAAAUUAAUCAAUUCCAGCUGGCACAUCAAGCAUUAGAGGAUUUGAAUAACUUAGCAUAUGAUAUCUCCGGAAACCGAGUCCCUCUAUGCAGUCCUCCAAUGAAUUUCUUGCAGCAAUUUAAUUAUAAUGAGGAUAAUAAGAACUACAAGACUAAAAAUUGUGAUGAUACUUUCUUCGAAGGCGCUGUUCAUGGAGUUGAAGAUAUUCAGAAAUCAGUAAUAAGUGAUAGUAAUAAUAAAGAAGAGAAGCAAUGGGAUGAUAAAGAGUGUAUUAAACAGGAGAAAGGGAAAUCGGAUUCGAUGGACUGUAAUUAUGAUGAACUUGAUGACGAAAAUGAUGCUAAAUAUAUGAGAAGAACAGGAAGAAAACCUGAAGCUAAAAAUCUUCAUGCUGAAAGAAAGAGAAGGAAAAGGCUUAAUGGGAGACUCUAUGAUCUACGUGCCUUGGUUCCCAAAAUUUCUAAUCUGAACAAGGCUGCCAUACUUGGAGAUGCAAUUGAAUUUGUGAAGGAGUUGCAGCAGCAAGAAAAAGAACUGCAAGAUGAGCUUAAAGAGCAUUCAGAUGAUGAAGAUGGCAAAAAUGGGAAUCAAAGCAAUAUUCCAUCAGAAACUCUAAGCCAAAAUGGAGGUCUUGGAAAUGGGUUUCAGGCGGGAGCAUCAGAAGUUAGCUGCCCAAAAUUGAAUCAGCAAAAGUCAGAAAAUUUUCAUGAUAAGGGACAACAAAUGGAGGUCCAAGUAGAAGUGGCUCAAAUAGAUGGAAAUGAGUUCUUUGUAAAGGUAUUUUGUGAGCAUAAGGCAGGUGGGUUUGUGAGAUUAAUGGAGGCAUUGGAUUCUCUUGGCUUAGAAGUUACCAACGUCAAUGUAACAAGCUGCAGAGGCCUUGUCUCAAAUGUUUUCAAAGUAGAGAAGAAGGAUAGUGAAAUGGUUCAAGCAGAUUAUGUGAGGAACUCUUUGUUAGAGCUAACAAGAGACCAUCCAAGAGGAUGGCCAGCUUCAGAUAAUGGUAACGGCAUGGACUAUCACCACCACCACCACCACCACCACCACCAUCACCACCUCCACAAUGCCAUGUCACUUCCAAUCACCACCACCUCCACAACCUUCAUGGUUAAGUAUAGCUAGAAUAGAUAACAUGGUAGAAUUUUUAUUUUUAAAUAUCAUUACUAAAUUCAAGAGAUAAACUUAGUAUAGUGCAAAAUAAAAUAAAAUAAAAUGAGAUUAUUUUAUUGCAAAAUAAAAUAAAAUAAAAUCUCAACUUAAUUUGA